GAGAGGUAGAGGGAGAGGAAGAGAAAAGGGUAAAAAUACCACUACCCUCCCAUCCAGUAGUAGGGGAGGCCCCUGGCUCGGGUGGCCUCUCGCGUCGAAACGUUCGAAACCCCACGAAAACCUCCAAGAAAACGAACCCAACCGACGUAACGCGCGGGACAUGACGGCCGCGUGACGCCAUGUCGGCGGAGGAGGCGGGGGGCUCGUCGGCGGAGCCGUCGGGGUCGGCGGCGCCGGGGGCAAUGGUGGUGGGCGCGGGCGGGGAGGAGGCCGCGGCGAGGAAGCGGUACGACGCGCUGAUGCAGGUGCGUGCCAAGGCGGUGAAGGGGAAGGGCGCCUGGUACUGGGCGCACCUGGAGCCCGUGCUCGUCCCGCCGCCGGGCUCCGGCGUGCCGCCCAAGGCCGCCAGGCUGCGGUGCGUGCUGUGCGCGGCGACGUUCUCCGCGUCCAACCCGUCGCGCACGGCGUCCGAGCACCUCAAGCGCGGCGCGUGCCCCAACUUCGCCGCGCCGCACGGGGCGCCGCCGCAGCCGCAGCAGGCAAUUGCCGUGUCCGCGUCCGCGGCGUCGUCCGUCGUGCCCAUCUCGUCCAUCCCGCCGUCGUCGCAGCGCCGCCACUCGACCGGCGGCGGCGGUGGGCGGAAGAGGCACGCGCUGGCCGCGGCGUACGCGGCCGUGGAGGCGGCCUCCCAGCUCGUCGUCGUGGGUGACCCUUCCUCGUACUCCCCGACGCCACCCACGCCGCCGGCGCUACCCGCACCGCGGCAGGUGCUCUCGGGGGGACGAGGUGACCUGGGCCCUCUCGCCCGGCUGGAGGACAGCGUGAAGCGGCUCAAGUCGCCCGUGGCGUCGCCUGGGGCUAUGCUGCCGCGGCAGCAGGCCGAAGCGGCGCUCGCGCUGCUCGCCGAGUGGUUUCUCGAGUCGUCCGGCAGCGUGUCUCUCGCCGCGGCGGAGCAUCCCAAGCUCAAAGCCUUCCUCCGCCAGGUUGGGCUGCCGGAGCUGUCGCUCGCCGAGCUCGUCGGUGCACGCCUCAACGCGCGCUUCGCCGAGGCACGCGCCGACGCCGCGGCGCGCAUCCGUGAGGCGCGGUUCUUCCAGCUCGCGGCCGACGGGUGGCGCGACCAGGUCGUCAUCCUCUGCGUCAACCUCCCGAACGGCACGUCCGUGUUCCAGCGCGCCGUGCCCACGCCGGCGCCGGCGUCGUCCGACUACGCUGGGCAGCUUAUGCUAGAAGCUGUCUCGUCCGUCUCCGCCUCCAGCGAGCUCCACCAUUGCGCCGGCAUUGUCUCCGACCGCUUUAGCUCCAAGGCUCUGCGCGAUCUCGAGCACAAGCACCCGUGGAUGGUGAACCUUCCUUGCCAAGCCCAUGGCUUCUCCCGUCUAAUCAAGGACAUGGCCCGCGAGCUCCCGCUCUUCCACUCGGCGGUGGCGAACUGCGCCAAGAUGGCCGCCUACUUCAACACUGCACCCACGGUGCGGGCGCUGCUGCACAAGCACCAAGUCCAGGAGCACGGGCACGCCAUGCUCCUCCGCGUCGCCACACCCUCCUCGUUCGACCGCGGGGACGGCAAUGGCAGCGAGCUCACCGCCGCAUUCGCGAUGCUCGAGGACAUCCUGACUUCAGCGCGGGCGCUCCAGCUCGCGGUGCACGAGGAGUCGUACAAGCUCGUGUGCAUCGACGACCCCGCCGCGAGGGAGGUCGGUGGCAUGGUGCAGAACGUGGCGUUCUGGACCGAGGUGGAGGCGGCGCACUCGCUCGUGAAACUGAUCACCGACAUGGUGAGAGAGAUGGAAGCCGAGCGGCCGCUCGUCGGGCAAUGCCUUCCUCUGUGGGAGGACCUGCGUGGCAAGGUCAGGGGCUGGUGCCGCAAGUUCAACCUGGACGAGGGCAUCGCCAUGAACGUGCUCGACGUGAGGUUCAGGAGGAGCUACCACCCGGCGUGGUCGGCAGCGUUCAUCCUGGACCCGCUCUACCUGAUCAAGGACGUCAGCGGGAGGUACCUGCCGCCGUUCAAGUACCUAACGCCGGAGCAGGAGAAGGACGUGGACAGGCUGAUCACGCGGCUGGUGUCGCCGGAGGAGGCUCACCUCGCGCUGAUGGAGCUCAUGAAAUGGCGGUCGGAGGGGCUCGACCCGCUGUACGCGCAGGCGGUGCAGGUCCGGCAGCCCGAUCCGUCGACGGGGAAGAUGAGGAUCGCCAACAAGCAGAGCAGCCGGCUGGUGUGGGAGACGUGCCUCAGCGAGCUCAAGUCGCUGGGCAAGGUGGCCGUGCGGCUCAUCUUCCUCCACGCCACCGCCAAGGGGUUCAAGUGCGGGCCGCCGAUGUCCCGCUGGCUCACCGCCCCCGGCAGCUCCGCCGCCGGCAUUGCCCGCGCGCAGCGCCUCGUCUACGUCGCCGCCAACUCGAAGCUGGAGAGGAGGGACUUCUCCAACGACGACGAGAGGGACGUGGAGCUGCUCACGGAAGGAGACGAUGACAUGCUAACUGAGACUACGACCACUGCCAUUGUGGAUCCCUCUUCGGUGUAGCUCAU